AUGGUGAAAGUAAGCAAAGAAGUUAUGCAAAAAGCGGCGACACUACUCUCCGACUUCCUCGUUUGCCCUCUCUCCAAACAACCCCUAAGGUUUUGCGAGGAAUCAAAUUCCCUUAUCAGUGAUGCUAUUGCCGUUUCAUUUCCCAUAAAGAAUGGGAUACCUUGCUUGGUUCCAAGAGAUGGGAAGAUACUAGAGGAAGAAGAUGCAUCAAAACCAGAUAAUGAUGCCAAUUUAUAUGCAGUAAAUGAAGAUAAUAAGGAAAGAAGUUCCUAA